GUUACCACUAGUUUCUUAUCCCUGGAGGAUUGGUUACGUGAAAUAUCUUUUAGGUCUAAAGACUAGAGCUUGUAGUUAUAGGUCUUCCUCUGGACUCCUAUUUCUCAGUUCUCACUGAUUAUAAAAUCAGAUUCUAGACUAAUUAAGAAGAACAGGCAAAACGAAUUUGCUAUUGGCCCGUUGGAAAAAAAUAAUCGGAUAUGGAUGCUCUCAAGGUUCAGAUUCUACCUGAUAACCAAUCAUCACCUUCGUCCACGCACAUGCUCACUAAGCCCAAGUCGAAAAAAGCGACAAAAUCGAUUGCCAUGCUAAUCGUCGCUUCCUUGGCUAUCACGUUAGGGUUAUUAUUUGUUUUCAGUUCAAAUUCAGUUAUGUUCUCUGCAAGUUUUCUUCGGAGAAGUUCACUUCACUACAGCGUCAUUAUCGAUGCCGGGAGUUCGGGGACCCGAAUUCAUGUGUUCGGGUACUGGUUUGAGUCUGGAAAACCCGUUUUCGAUUUCGGAGAAGAACAUUACGCUAGUCUGAAGUUGAGUCCUGGUUUGUCUUCGUAUGCUGAUAAUCCGGAGGGAGCGAGCGUGUCAGUGACAAAGCUUGUGGAAUUCGCGAAGGGAAGAAUCCCCAAGGGGAAGUUGAAGAAGAGUGACAUUAGGUUAAUGGCGACUGCUGGAAUGAGAUUGCUUGAUGUGCCUGUUCAAGAACAGAUUCUUGAUGUUACUAGAAGAGUUCUUAGAUCUUCAGGGUUUAAGUUUCAAGACGAAUGGGCUACUGUUAUCUCUGGAACUGAUGAAGGUAUCUAUGCUUGGGUUGUUGCCAAUCACGCACUUGGUUCGCUUGGUGGUGAUCCAUUGAAAACAACGGGGAUUGUUGAACUUGGUGGGGCUUCUGCGCAGGUGACAUUUGUGCCAAGUGAGCAUGUGCCUCCUGAGUUCUCCCGUACCAUAUCUUAUGGAAAUGUUUCGUACACAAUCUACAGUCACAGUUUCCUCGACUUUGGACAGGAUGCAGCAGAAGACAAGCUAUUGGAAUCACUGCAGAACUCAGUAGCAGCCUCUACAGGGGAUGGAAUAGUUGAAGACCCUUGUACUCCUAAAGGGUACAUAUACGACACACAUUCACAGAAAGAUUCAUCCGGAUUCUUAUCUGAAGAAAGCAAAUUUAAAGCCUCCCUUCAAGUUCAAGCUGCUGGUGAUUUCACGAAAUGCCGAUCCGCUACGUUAGCAAUGUUGCAAGAAGGAAAAGAGAAUUGUGCUUAUAAGCAUUGUUCUAUUGGAUCAACAUUCACACCUAAUAUUCAAGGAAGUUUUUUGGCAACAGAGAAUUUCUUCCACACAUCCAAGUUCUUUGGGUUGGGAGAAAAAGAGUGGCUGUCUGAAAUGAUUUUGGCCGGAAAGAGAUUCUGUGGAGAAGAAUGGUCGAAACUGAAAGAGAAAUACCCAACAACUAAAGACAAAUAUUUGCAUCGUUAUUGCUUCUCAUCAGCAUAUAUUAUCUCAAUGCUUCAUGAUAGUCUUGGUGUUGCUCUUGAUGAUGAAAGAAUCAAGUAUGCGAGUAAAGCAGGAAAAGAAAACAUACCACUAGAUUGGGCAUUGGGCGCUUUUAUACUGAAUACUGACACACCCACUUCUGAUUACAAUGGUAAAUCUAGAAAAAUGAUUGGCUUUAAGUAACGUGGCCAAAUACAAAAUAUAUGAUAUGAUCGUAAUUUUGUAUUCUACGUUACAUUGUGUUUGAAACUUGUAUUCUACGUUACAUUGUGUUUUGAAAGUAUAGUCGUCGUUUCCUUUUGUGGAAUAAGUCAGCUAGCAGCUACUCAUUAAUAAAUUGAACGCCAAUAUGUGGUAAUGUAUUAUGUAUGUGGCGGUAUGUGUAUAAUUUCGACAUUAUAAGAAAACCUCUGCGACCUUACGGUUGUUUGAAUUGCCAAUUAUAAUUUUAUCAAUUACUUUUUGUUU